GUUCCACUUCAGCUAAGGCUACCCGCCCAACAACAACAACAACGACGACGACCACGACGACUAUGAUGACGAUGGUGAUGUUGAUGACGAUAAGCCUGAUGAUGUUACAUGAAAUGUGAACGGGAUGUUGAUGUUGGCAAACAGAUGUACGCCUGUGAGAGUAUAUUAACAUAAACACACACACAAAUACACACACAGGGUUCUACAGAAUACCCCUCAACACACACACAAACAUUCUACAGGACACUUUACCUAUAGACACACUUGCCAGUAGACAAUAACAACAAAAUAUCUACACAUAAAACAUUAAAAACAACAACAAAAACAAAACUAAAAAUCAACGGCUGCAACGGAAAUUUAAAAGUUUUGAAUCCAAAGAAAACAAAGCAACAAUUUUGAAAAGCAAAAAAAAAAAAAAAAAAAAAAAAAAAAAAAAAAAAAAAAAACAACGACGACGACAAAAAAUAUGUUCAUUGUCAGAAUGAAAAAUUUGUUCGGAUUUGUGUUGAAGUGAAGUUAAAUUAGUGCCAGAAAAAACGGGGCGACUUAGCUCUUCUUUAAAAGCAUUCGUGCAAAUCGAGGAAAACGGGACUUAAGCAAAUCGUUGCCUAACCGAACUUGGCCUGCCACCCCUGCUUGAGCAAUUUCCGUUACUGUUUUUUUUUUCUGUUUCUUGGUAUCUGCUAAUGACCUAAAGUGUAAGUGACAGCUGUGCCAAAAUACCAAAACCAUUUAAAGAUUUGAAGAAUUAAAGCAGCAGCAUUUUUCCUCUGCUAAUAGGUGAAAAAAAGCUUAGCAGUGUUUCAAAGCAAAUUCUCAAGAUACCACAAAGUUAAGCUAAAAAUAAGAAAAAGAAUUACAGAGAAGGUGUAAAACGUGCCCGCGGCAAGAGUAAAAAAAAAGAAAUAAACCAUACAAGUUAUUAUCCUUUGUGCUCCACAGAAAGGAGGGAAAAUCGAAACACCACUCACCCCCCCUUCCAGCAAAUUCCUUUCUUUGUUUUGCGUUGUUUCAUUUUUGGCAAUUCUCAUUAAAUUUUACGUCAUUUGCCAACGAAGGUGAGAGAAACAAACCAAACCUACGAAAAUCAAUAAAAGUGUCCGAUUCCAGGGAAAGAAACGAUUCAUUGUCUGUUGUCGCUUUUGCUACGUGUUAAUGCUUUGUGAUUUGCUCUCGAGCCUUUAGACCGGGAGCAAUACCAAGAAAACUUUGGAAAAAUUCUUUCGUGUUGGUGCAAGGAUCGAAACGAAAACGUCAACAUGGCUAUGGAAUGGAUAACGGCUAUGGACAAGAGACCUUGUGACCGUAAUCUGCGCGAUGUUGAAUUGAUAUCCUGUCGUCUGCGGCGUGUGGAGCCAUUGUGUCGUCUUCCCGGCUCUGCAUUGCAGCAAUUGGCCAUGUGCGGUUUCUACGAAGAUCUGGAGAAAGGAGUAACACUUUUUCGUGCCGGCGAACAAGGUCGUUUCUGGUACGCUGUCUUGGGUGGGUCACUGGAAGUGCGCUAUCAUGCCAGCGAUGCCAACGAAGGAAAGUCGCCAGUGACAUUGUGUAAUCUGGGCGUUGGAGCCACAUUUGGAGAAUCGAUACUUCACGAUUUACCGCGCGACAGUACUGUGGUCACAAAAACCACCUGCGAGCUGCUGCGAGUCGAACAACAGGAUUUUCGUUUGAUUUGGGAGAAAAACAAGGAAUUGAUGAAUGAUAUUAUCACCAGUUGUAAAUUUAAAAAUGGUUUUGGUCCCAACACACAACAGCAGCAGCAACAACAACAGAGCAAUUCAUCACCCACUAAGCGGCCACUAAGUCCAGAUCAUCCCAAUCCGGCAUUACCAAUAACCGAGUCUCCUAGUCCUGCUAUGAAUCGUAUGGGAUGGGCAUUGCGAACAUUAUUGGUUGCUGAUAAUUCAAGCUGUUUAAAAGAUAGAAAAGUCUCCGGCAAACUUAUCCGCAAAUGUGCCCCUGGUACGGAAUUUGUUGACUGGCUGGUAAAUCUAUCGUCCAUUGUUCAUACUCGGCCCCAAGCGGCUGGUAUGUGGCAGGCUUUGUUAGAAGAAGGAAUUCUAUCACAUGUUAACAAGGAACAACCCUUUAAGGAUAAAUGUUUUCUCUAUCGAUUUCGUGUUGACGAAGAAGGUACCGCUGGCGGUUCGCCCUCCGCUGAUGACAUUAAUGCAGCCAAUGAACACAUACGUGAAAACCUAAGCACACUCUUCCAGCGCGGUCCGGAUGCUACGCUGCGUAUGAUAUUACGUAAACCUUCACAUGAACGCACACCCGAAGAACUGGAACUAGUUUUCGAAGAACUUCUACACAUAGCAGCAUUAUCACAUUUAUCGACGAGUAUUAAGCGGGAGCUAUCAUCGAUCAUUGUUUUCGAGGCCCAUGCUCAAGCUGGAACAAUAUUAUUCAGCCAAGGUGACGAGGGACGUUCGUGGUACAUCAUCCUGAAAGGAUCUGUGGAUGUGGUGAUACAUGGCAAAGGUACUGUGGCCACCCUUAAAAGCGGCGAUGAUUUUGGUAAACUGGCUUUGAUUAACGACGCACCCAGAGCUGCUACCAUAGUUUUAAAGGAGAACAAUUGCCAUCUGUUGCGCGUGGAUAAGGAGCACUUUAAUCGCAUUCUACGUGACGUCGAGGCAAAUACUUUGAGACUCCAGGAACAUGGCAAGGAUGUUUUAGUAUUGGAACGUGUGGCAAAACAAAGAGGACAGCAUUCAGCAUUCAAAUACACUGUCAUGUCGGGCACACCAUCAAAAAUGUUGGAACAUUUAUUAGAGACCCGCUUGGGAGGCCAAAUUAGUGGUGUCGAUCCAUUCCUGGAUGAUUUCCUGCUAACACACAUCGUGUUUAUGCCAGUGGUCCAGCUGGUGGAUGAAUUGGCUAAUUAUUUUCAUUGUGAUUCGCAUGAUGGAUCGCAAACACCCGAGGAACGGGACUAUAUUAUUAAUUUCAAGAAACGCGUCAUUCAAUUCAUGCAAAAAUGGGUGAUGGCGGUGCGACAUGCCGCCUUCGAUGAGCCCAGUGUCUGUGAUUUUAUUGAAGAUUUAGCCGCUGAAGUGGAAGCGGAUCCCGAACUGCAGGAGGAGACCAGUAUUAUACACAACAUUCUGACGCAAAUGGCACGCUAUCAGGACGAUCGGAAUCAAAAUGCCGGACAGAAAUGGAAACUGCCGCCAAAUGGUCAGCCGAUAUGUUUGUUCAGUGGUAACAUUACACCAUCGAAGACGGUGAUAAGGCCAGAUGAUGAUAUCAUUUUUCGGGUAUACUGUGCCGACCACACCUACUGCACUCUGCGCUUCCCCUUGCACACCACUGCGGAGAUAAUUAAAGCCUGUGCCGCGGACAAACUGCAAUUGAAUCGUGGCCCCGAGGAUUUAUGCCUGGUCGAAGUGAAAUCGAAUGGCGAACGUUCCGUAUUCAAGGAUAACGAUGUCAGUAUACCCACUGGCUUAAGCUUAAAUGGACGGCUCUUUGUCUCCGUUAAGGAUCACAUAGAUGGCUUGACUCCUUUGCCGGAACAGGAGGGACCCACCGAAGGCAUCGACAUGGACCUGGAAAUGCUCAGCACCAAAGAGCUGGCCUAUCACAUUACCAUAUUCGAUUGGGAUCUCUUUUGGGCCGUACAUGAAUAUGAGCUGCUCUAUCACACCUUUGGACGUCAUCAUUUUGGCAAGCCAGGAUAUCGUGUGAUCACCGCAAACUUGGAUGUAUUCUUACGGCGUUUUAAUGAGCUACAAUAUUGGAUUGUCACCGAAAUGGUCUCCACCUCCAGCAUGAGUAAGCGCGUUGGAUUACUGAGAAAAUUCAUCAAAUUGGCCGCCUAUUGCAAAGAAUACCAAAACUUAAAUGCAUUCUUUGCCAUUGUUAUGGGUCUCUCGAAUAUGGCCGUGUCACGGCUGCAACAGACCUGGGAGAAAAUCCCUUCGAAAUUUCGCAAACUUUAUCAAGAAUUUGAGGCUUUAAUUGAUCCUAGUCGUAAUCAUCGGGCCUACAGGGUAUUUGUGGGUAAAUUGCAACCGCCCCUCAUACCCUUUAUGCCCCUCUUGCUCAAGGACAUGACAUUCGCGCACGAGGGCAACAAGACCAGCAUCGAUGGUCUGGUGAAUUUCGAGAAAAUGCACAUGAUGGCCCAAACGAUGAGGACACUGAGAUUUUGUCGUUCCAGGAGUUUGGGUCUUGAUCCACCCUCCCCCAAGAGCGAGGGUGAGGUACGCUCAUUUAUUAGCUGCCUGCGGGUAAUAGACAAUCAACGAGUCCUCACAGCAAUGUCACAGAAAAUCGAACCAAGUCGUAAGAUAUAAAUAUUCGAAUAAGAGAACUUAUAAAAAAAUCCAAAAUUUAAAGUUAGGUGGGUAGGAGGUAACCGCAUUUCGGUUACUUAUUUUUCCAUAGCAGUGUAGUUUAUCUUUCCUCCCACUUUUCAAAAACCCCAACGUUAGAAAAACAAAAAAAAAAUAAAAUUACUUUGUUAUAUAUAAAAAUAUGUGUUAAAAAGUCAUGUUUUUUAUUGAUGAAUUGAAAACAAAAUUGUAUUUAGAAGUUUAGAAAAAUUCUAGAUUUAAACAAAAAAAGGAAUGUUUGUAAAAAAAUGUUAAGCAAAAAGAAAAAAGUAUUUUAAAAUAUUAUAUAUGUGAUAAUAAUAAAAUAAUUUAUAUUAAUAGUAUCUCUAGCCCUCUCCCUCUCUCUCUCUCUCUCUCUCAUACACACACUAAAUAUCUCUCUUUACUUCACACAUUUCAGAUUGGGAUGAAAAAUUGUUGAACGACCUAGAAACAGAUGAGAAAAGACUAUCUAUCUCUUAAAGAAAUGAGAAAGGUCUUAUGUCCUUAAAAGAAGCUGAAGCAGGUCUAUUAUGAUGCCACGGUCGAUUAAUACGAGUAGAGAGCGACCAUCGGCUGUUAUGGCGGCCCACACCAUCAACAUGGCCGGCGCUUGAGCUGCAUAUUUUCAGCAGACCUCUUUGGCAAGCUUGUUUUUCAGUUGUUUACAAACUGCUAGACAACGAAUGUUUUCGCAUCGGAGAAAACCAAAUUGGGCAGUUCAAUACUUUCGGCCAAGCGAAGCAACUCUUUAGCUCUUUUGAGUCUAUUUUUUUUUUCUGUUGCAAUGUAAGUUGUUGCACUUUUUGCUCGUUUUUCAGUAUUUGCCGAAUGUUCAACACACGAGCCAUUUUUCGUCCACUGCGACGCGGAGUCUCGAUCAAGUCGCUUCUUUACUUUUCGAACCUUUUCUGCUGAUGUUGCUGUUUUCUUCCGUCCACUUUCUUGACGUCGGGCUACGCUACCAUUAUCACGGUACGAGACACGAAAGAUUCAUUCACAUUUAAAUGCUGGAAUGUCCGAUACGAUAACCACUUGUGGUUUUCCAUCACGAAUAACUUUUUUUCUGGAAAAUUCUUACCAAAAUGCUUUUGUAGGCUUGUAAACAAUAUAAUGAGCUGUCCCUGCAAUCAUUUUAACCGCUGUCGGACGAGUAGCUUAGGAAUGACAGUAGUCUGAAGUUGGUUGCAGUUUUUUCAUCCAGCCCUGUAUAUAGACCUUCCAGAGGUCUUUAAAAGACAUUUUCUCCCUCUUCAACUUGUUUCUUCUUUCAAGACCUAAGAAAAAUCCCAAGUCCGAUUUUUUGUGAUUUGUCUAACUAUGAAGUCCCUAUAAAUUACUGAUAUUUUGGAAUUUCCCUGUUUCUGCUGCAAUUUUCAUCCCUGUGCACCAAUCUCAAUUUCUCUCGACUCUUUCUUUCUUCUCUUUCCUCAACUAUUCAUUGCAAUAUGCUCUCCCUCAUGUCUGACAUAAGACUUAAUAUCUCUUUACUAUUGUCCCCUACAUUUCUGUAUCUAUUCUUUUAUUAAUCUAACAACUAUUUAUCUUUCCCACUCAUGUGCCCUUUUAAUCUUCCCUUGAAAAAGGAACUGUACAUACGAAUCUAAACUCAAUCCCCAAAAACAAAUUAAAGACAAAAGAAUGUGUUUAAAAAUAGAAAAAAAAAGAAAAA